CUCUAUUUCGCAUUAAUUGGUCCCUUCUCCUCGACCUUGGCACUUUUACCCAACUUGCGAGGAUACCAGCCGGAAUUAUCCCAUUAUGCCGGCCGCCAAGCUUUCGCUCCUGCUGCUGCUGUCGUCCCCGCUGGUUGUGGUUACCAGCGUUUCGUAAUUCCGCCAACACUGUUGGUUCCAAUGCACCAAGUACGUCAUGACGAUCGAAUAGAAAAGGCCUGUCUGCCCAAUUACAUACAAACAGCAUUAAGUGAUUGUCGGAUUGUCUUCAUGCAAGACCUGCGUGCUCAUCUUCCUCUUUUGGCCUGGCCCGUUUGGAAGGACAAUUUAAGGCUUGGCUAUGAGGCUCGCUGGCCACAUGAUGAGACCGCCUCCAGGCGACAGAUUCUCUCUUUCUAG